AUGAAUCAAGCUGAACAUUUGUAUGGUAUUUUACAUGAACGUAAUAUCAAUGAGGUGCAGUUUGGUUGUGAUAAGAGAUUCUCUACGUGGUAUGGUAGUAAUGUUUAUUUUGAUGCUGAUAAUAAAAUGAUAAAGGCUACAAAUAGUAAACAGGCUAACUUCAAAAAAUAUAUGUAUAGUAAGAAGAGGGCAAAGGGGAACGACGGCAAACAAAUAGACAUUGGACAGGAUGACGCCAACGUUAAACCUGAAAGUAAAAUUAAUGAUAAUGAUAAUGAAAAUAUUGAAAUUAAUGAUAAAGAGAACACGAGUAACAAUAAUGACGGCAAUCAAAAUGAUCCAUAUUGGUUAGAUGUGAUAUAUAUUUGCGAAUAUUGUUUCAAAUAUUGCGAUAACGCUGAAUCGUUGAUAGAUCACACAAAAGUUUGCACUUUUAAAGAGAAAGUCCCUGGAAGAUUGAAAUACUUGGGGCCAAAAUAUCAAAUAAGAAGAGUGAAAGGUCAAAAACAUACUUUGUUUUGUCAAUGUUUAUGUUUAUUCACGAAACUAUUUCUUGAUGAUAAGUCCAUGUACUUUAGAAUUGCGAAUUAUGAAUUCUAUAUCAUUUAUGAGAACGGAUCUACAAAGCCCAUGGGUUUCUUUUCAAAAGAUAUAGUUUCAUAUAACAAAAACAAUUUAGCGUGUAUCCUAGUGUUUCCACCAUAUCAGAAAAGAAAAUUAGGUACUAUAUUGAUUGAACUAUCAUACAAAAUAUCAAAAUUUGAGGGCCUGAAAUCAAGUCCUGAGGUACCAUUAUCCCCAUUCGGUCUAAUUACUUACAUGAAUUUCUGGUCCAAUAGAAUAUGUUGGGAGCUACUAGAAGGGGAAUUAGCAGAUCUAGGGUCUGUUACCAUAGAAGAUAUAUCAACUGUGACCGGAUUCAAACCGUAUGAUAUUGUACAAACACUGCAAUACCUAGAUUGCAUCGAUGCAGCGGGAAACAUACAAUUAUCCAGGAUGAUCGAAAAAGUCAGUUCUAAGCAUGGUAAAGUUUCCAAUUCUAUAAUACAAGAUGAACACUUGCUGCUAGGUGACUAA